AGAUUAAUAUGAUGCAUCCAGAAUGCUUUGAUACGAGCAAUUGGCCUAUAAGCUGAAGAGAUGCUUUUUUUCGAGCGUCGAUAAAAAUGAAUCGAUACAUAACGUUAAAUCAAUUAGGGGACGGAACGUUUGGUUCCGUUGUUCUUGGAGAACGUAUCGACACUGGGGAGAAGGUUGCCAUAAAAAGAAUGAAAAGAAAGUACUAUUCCUGGGAGGAGGCGAUGAACCUGCGUGAAGUUAAAUCUUUGAAGAAACUUAGUCACGCGAAUGUAGUCAAAUUAAAGGAGGUAAUUCGUGAAAAUGACGUAUUGUAUUUCGUCUUCGAAUACAUGAAGGAGAAUCUCUACCAAUUGAUGAAGGAUAGGGACAAACUUUUCCCUGAGCCGGUAAUCAGGAAUAUCGUGUAUCAAGUGCUUCAAGGAUUGGCGUUCAUGCAUAAACAUGGCUUCUUCCACCGUGACAUGAAGCCUGAAAAUUUAUUAUGCAUGGGUCCGGAACUCGUGAAGAUUGCCGAUUUCGGUCUGGCCAGGGAAAUACGAUCAAGACCGCCAUAUACGGAUUACGUAUCCACCAGAUGGUAUAGAGCGCCGGAAGUGCUACUCCAUUCGACGACCUAUAACAGCCCGAUCGAUAUUUGGGCGGUAGGUUGCAUAAUGGCCGAAUUGUACACGUUCAGGCCACUUUUCCCGGGGAAAAGCGAGAUCGACGAGAUUUUUAAAAUUUGCUCGGUGAUCGGUACACCGGAGAAGGAUGAUUGGCCGGAAGGUUAUCAACUGGCCGCCGCUAUGAAUUUCAAAUUUCCAAAUUUCUCUCGGACAUCGUUGAGCGUAUUGAUACCGAACGCUAGCCAAGAAGCGGUAAUACUUAUGGAAGACAUGUUACAAUGGAAUCCCAUUAAAAGACCGACGGCACAACAGUCCCUAAGGUAUCCCUAUUUCCAAUUGAACGUGCCACGUGUAAUUAACAGUACGAAGAUCGGGGUCGCGUCUCAACGCGAUUUUGUAAUGAACAAAGUGAAUGUUCCGCCUCCGGUUCUUAAAUCGUACAAUUACUCCCAGCAAGACGCUUUGAUGGGAUCCAGAGCGCAAGAGAAAAUGAUACAAUCCAAGGAGACACAAGAGAAAACGAUACUCCCACUGGUGAAUCAUAAUAGUCACAUGCGCCAAAGUAAUCCUCGAAAGUUGGACGAGGAUGAUUUUGCCGAGUUGUUGGGUAGCAAGAUCGAGAAUGUGAACUCAAAGCUAGUCCCAGAACGGGUGUACAAAGAGAACCGUGCCAAUUGGAAUGUGAAUUAUUUGCCAGAAAAUCCGAGGAAUUGGGUGUUGCCGGGUUGGAACGAGCCAGCCCCGAUUAAUUGGAACCAGUUACAACCGAAUAUGAAGAAUGGUCGAAAAGUUUCUGGGAAACAACAUUACUUCAGCUUGGCUCGAUACAUCGCAGGCCAGAGCGCGAGCUUAUCGUCCAGGUAUCGAACGUUUCGAGAUCUUCUAAAACGAAUCCUGAUCCCUUGCUCGCUGAUAAUGCUGGGAUGUAUGUUGCUCUGCUGUCUGAUCUGGAAAAACGAGUUGCUUCACAAACAUUUCACGUGUCUGGACCUGAUAGAAUAUUCUUUUGACGUGAUUAUAUAGUGCAUAUAUAUAUAUAUAUAUAUAUAUAUAUAUAUAUAUAUA